AUGAACUCUUACUUAGAUUAUACCAUUUGUAACAAGGGGACUAACAUAUUCAAUGCCAAUGCCGGACACCACAAUUUAAACCAUGGAUACAGGUCCUCCUUAUCUUCCAAUUCAUGCUCAACAAGUGAUAGUUUUGUGUUCGAUGGGCGGUUAGUUGGUGGUUCUUCGGUGCACCAGACAUCAAGCCACCCUCUCCACCAGCCCCAGCUACAUCAUAUAGAUCUCCAGUUUGGCUCAACGGGAAACUCGGUGUAUGGCUCGCCAACAGGGCCCAACUUGGAUUAUGGACCUCAUCAAUACGCUCUAAUUCAUGAACAAGAACGAGGUUUCAUUCAGACGCCUGGGAUUCCUGUGUCAGCCAUUGGAACGAACAUGCCCCCCCUGGCCGAAGGGAAUAGUGAGCCCCUGGCCGAAGGGAACAGUGAGCCAGGGUCUGCACCAAGUAGCCAGUAUCUGCACUUUUGCAGUGGAGAACAGGGGCAACCAGAAUACUUGGAGAGUAUUUACUCGAGAUUAGUUCCUUUCCAAUAUAGUGAUAAGGAUUCGGAUGAUUUCAAUGCAGAUUUAACUUCAAAAACUUUCGACUGGAUGAAAGUUAAGAGGAAUCCCCCUAAAACAGUUUCAGAGUAUGGAGUCCCCGGUCAACAGAAUGUAAUCCGUACCAACUUCAACACAAAGCAGCUGACAGAGCUCGAGAAGGAGUUCCAUUUCAACAAGUACCUGACCAGGGCCCGGCGAGUGGAAGUUGCCGCUAUUCUCGAGCUCAACGAGACUCAAGUGAAAAUUUGGUUCCAAAACCGCAGGAUGAAGCAGAAAAAGCGUGAGAAAGCAGGAACCGUCUUUCGAAACAUAGCAGUACCGGCAAAUGAUUUGGGAGAGAUCACCUCAUCUCCUGAUGUCUCGCCAAGCUCGAAGACCGCAUAA